AUGUCUAAAUCCGCAAAUGAAGUAGUUUUUGCUUGUAUAAAACUUCCAGUGAAACGUAAAACUGGCUACAAAAACAUGUUGAGACAGGAUUUCAUAUUUCAGAUGGAUAACGAAAACAGCAUAAAAGACAUGGACUGCUGCAUUUGUCUCAACAAGUUGAUUAGCGCACCAGAUGUUGUCUUCUUAAGAAAAUGUAAACAUCAGUUUCAUUUGACGUGUUUAAAGGAUAUCUAUCUAAACACCGCAAAGUUGAAAUGUCCAUUAUGCAGACUGAUGUAUCGGUUAGAAUAUGGAAACUGUUUAGAGGGUGUUCUCGAGGUGAAAACUAGCGGAGAUGAAAUGAGGAUGCAUUUUAAAAUAUCAGAAUUUAAUUGCAUCAUCUGCUUAAAAAACAAUGAUGAAGGUAAAUGCUUGAUGAACCUUCUAAUGAAAUCUUGGCAGAGGCAACUAUUGGACAGGAAUAUUUUGGAAUCUUUUCAGAAAAAUAAUUUAGACAAUAAACUAGAUGUUAUCAAAUCGACUUUAGAAGAUUUGAAUGUUUUUGAAAACAAGUUAAACGAAAACUUGGAUGACACGCCCGACGAAAUUCCAGAAAAUAAAUACUUCAAAAAAAUCUUGGAAACUUCCAUUUCAGAUUUAGAGGUUCAUUUUGGUUUGAGACAACCAGGUGAUGAUAACCCCAUCAAUUACGACGAUGAUCCGUAA